CGGUCCGCCUGUAGCUUCUGAAUUCGGAGCGAUAUUUGGUUUUUGGUGGGCGGAGAAAAAGUUGUCAACAGUAUGAUGAAACGCGGGGUACUGUGUGAAGAGGAGAAAGAAGCAAAGAAACAGAAACUUCUUGACCAAAUUGGAGAUGGACAUCUUCCAUAUCUUUCUCCAAAAGACGACACGUUUUAUGACUUGUGGAGAACUUGUUACUCAAAACUUACCCUUCUUCAAGCAAAGCACAUUAAUGCAGACCUGCACCACACAGUCCAGAAUGCAUUUUUAUCCUUACUUGAUAAUGGUUGUCUCUUUCAAGACCUUGUGCGUCUGAAAGGUAAAGAUAUUCUUACUCCAGUUUCUCGGAUUCUAAUAGGUCGCCCAGGAUAUACCUAUAAAUACUUAAACACAAGAUUAUUUGCUGUACCGUGGAUUAACGAUGAACUCAAUACUCAGUACUGUACAAGGAAUUUAUUGGACACAUAUAAAGCUUUUUCUGACUUAAAUAAAUUCCUUUAUUCCCAGACAGUCAAUGAAUUACAAAAACUUCGAAAGGCCCAUAAAAAUGAUUGUUUUCAACAUUUUGAUUAUAAAGAGCAAGUAAAAUCAGACAAAAGGCCCUGUACUUUGAAUAAUGAAAAUAAAGAACUCCACAGCCUGGAACCAUUUAACGUAACACUGAUAAAUUACAUGGAUCCACGGGAUAUGCCGUGUCUAAAAGAAGAGCCAUAUUUUGGCAUGGGGAAGAUGGCAGUAAGCUGGCACCAUGAUGAGAAUUUAGUGGAGCAGUCCACAGUUGCAGUCUACAACUUCAGUUAUCAAGAGAGUGCUCAUGACAUAAAUGGAGACGAUAAAGAUCCUGCCACGUGGAAUGUAGGUCUAAAGAUUGCUUGGGACAUAGAGACCCCAGGUCUUUGUAUACCUUUGAACACAGGGGAUUGUUACCUAAUGCUAGAUGACCUCAACAAAACUCAUCAACAUUGUGUGAUUGCUGGGUGCCAGCCUCGGUUCAGUUCCACACACAGAGUAGCAGAGAGCUCUAGGGAUACUUUUCAGUAUAUAAAGUCACAAUGCAACUCUGCUCUGCAAAAUCUUCACAUGGAUCCUGACACUGGGGCAGCUGCUUUGAAGAGCCUAGAGCCCAGGGUCUUAGGUCAAACAGAAGAGAUUCACAAUGAGGUAGAGUUUGAAUGGCUCCGACAGUUCUGGUUUCAAGGAAAGCGGUAUAACAAAUGCACUACCUUCUGGAAGGAGGCAAUGACUGAACUGGAAAAUCAUUGGAAGCAGAUGGAGACCAUGACUAGUCUUGUACUAAAAGCGAUUGAAAAUGAAAAUCUUACAGUGGAUGAAAAAUGCAACAUUCUGAAGAAUAUUUUGCCCUGUCUAGUAGAACGCCAGAAUCUGCGUCAGGAAUGGAGAGAAAGAAUUACCUUUCUCACUUCUGCAAUGCCGGUGGAACCUGCUGCAAGGUCAGACUGUGACUGUGAUGAGACUUUACUCCAGCCUUCUGCUCAUAAAAAGCCCAUUACCUUAAGGUGCAGAAGCAAACUCGCCAAGAAGUUGCCUCCAGAUCAGGCCCCAUGUUGCUACCCAUACUGGAAUGAUGACAACAAAUCUAUGCCAUUAUCUUUUGAUCUGCACAGUAUCACAUUUGCCCUUCAAAACAGGCUUGAAACUUUAGAAGCUUGACAUCUCUUUGAUUCUUUGAUUUUUUUAAUUCACUUAAAUGUUGCUCCUCUGCUUUUUAGAUACAGUUUUUCUUCCUAACGGAAUAAAAUAACCAGCCUAAACCUUC